UUGUGUUCACGUAUUGUUUACACAACACUUAAAGCAAAAAUAUGACAAUAAUUUGUGCAGUGAAUUAUAGAAAAAACAAAGUUAUUAUAUUUUUUCACACACAAAAUAUUGCAGUGUUUUAUUUAAGUCAUGUUUAUUGAGUUACCCUACAAGUGUUUUCAUAAAAUACAGUAGGUGAAGAUUGGAUUUUGCAGGGAACCCAUGAGCAGUUAUGGCCUUAUGGUCUAAUUUGUUAGUCAAUUAUGUUCAAUUAACUGAAAAAGUUGCUGAUGUCCUGGACAGACCAAUUGGUGAAGUUGCGCAAAAGCUUCUCCUCCAAUGAGACGAGAGAAGGAGGAGCGCGAGAGUACAGAAGCCUCACAAAAACUUCUCUCUUACCAACAAGUUGUGAAAUGUUGCCAGUUCAUCCGCCAGUGUUGAUCGACGGAGGCGUGAGAUUCAAGAAACCGAGAAAUCAAUAGGUUUAUCUGGAAUAUAUACCAGCGCGCGCUGCGCGUAAAGUUAUACGUUCUUCAGCUUACGUUUCUUCAGAGAGGAUUUUAAAAUGUCCAAGGAGCCGGAUAAAACUAGUUCUGGGACAGAAAGCUCUUUUAUCGGCGAUGCAGACUCUGAUUCACCGUCCUCUCCAUCAGUGUCCGACGAACAAGGGUCGCAAACCGGCACCGGCAACCGGGCGGACAGCGAGGAAGACGCCCGUUUCCCCCCGUGCAUCCGAGAUGCCGUGUCGCAGGUUCUCAAAGGCUACGACUGGUCCCUGGUGCCGAUGCCUAUGCAGGGUAGCAGGUCUUUGAAAGACAAGCCUCACGUGAAGAGACCCAUGAACGCGUUUAUGGUGUGGGCGCAGGCUGCGCGCAGGAAGCUGGCGGAUCAGUACCCGCAUCUGCACAACGCCGAGCUCAGCAAGACCCUGGGCAAGUUAUGGAGGCUGCUUUCUGAGAGCGAGAAGAAGCCGUUUGUGGAAGAGGCAGAGAGACUGCGACUCCAGCACAAGAAAGACUAUCCGGAUUAUAAGUACCAGCCACGGAGACGGAAGAGCCUGAAGCCGGGUCAGAGUGAACUGGACACGGGAGCUGAGAAGAUCCAUCAUCCCUCGGAUCAAAUGUACAAGACGGAAGCGGGAAUGAGAGGGAUGCACAAUCAACCGGUCCAUGGUGUUCAAGCACACGGCCCUCCAACGCCUCCAACCACCCCGAAGUCCGAUCAGCAUCAAAGCGCGAAGCGUGCCACGGAAAACGCAAGACAGAACAUCGACUUUAGCAACGUGGACAUAACGGAGCUCAGCAGCGACGUCAUCGGCAGCAUGGGCCCGUUCGACGUGCGUGAGUUCGACCAGUACCUGCCGUUAAACGGCCACAUCGAGAACAACGGCGGGCAGCACUCCAGCCCCGGCUGUUUCAGCGCGUCCUAUCACCAUCACGGCAGCGUUUCGGCAUGGAACAAGGCGUCCGGGUCACCGUCCACAUCCUCGCAUAACCAGUCGAGCCAACAAAGGCCGCUCAUUAAAACAGAACAAUUGAGUCCUUCUCAUUACGCAGAGUCUCACGGGUCGCCGACCCAAUCUGAACUGAGUGACUGUCCUGACAUGCAGAACUCGACGUACUUCACCACAUUUUCUGGGUAUCCCGCUGGCAUUUAUCAAUAUCCGUACUUCCAUUCCUCCAGAAGAUCAUAUGUGACUCCUGUUCUCAACAGUUUGUCCAGUCCGUCUCAUAGUCCCGGUGCAAACUGGGAGCAACCGGUUUACACGACUUUAACGCGCCCCUGAUGCCAUCAUGAGAAUUAUGGGACUAUGUGGUGUAUGAAGACAUUUGCUGAUACUUUAAGAUGUUUUAUCUUGCCAUUUCUGGUAAUUUUGACCUUUAGAUUUUCUGGAAACACUUUACAAAGGUCUCAUUUGUUAACAUUAGUUAAUGCAUUAGCUAACAUCUUUGUUAAAUUUAGUUAGUAAAAUCAAAUUGUUCAUUGUUUGUUCGUGUUAGUUCACAGUGCAUUAACAAAUGUUAACAAAUACAACUUUAGAUUUUAAAUCACCAGUGACUAAUGCUUUAGAAGUAUUUUCAUUGUCAGUUCAUGUUAACUAAUGUAGUUAACUAAUGUUAACAAAUGCAACCUUAUUGUAAAGUGUUACUGAUUUUCCUAACGAUUUUUGGGCUCACUUUUCAAUAUUGAAUGUUUUGUGUUUAUACUAUGGUCCGGAUAAAAGUGUUUUUGUUUUGUUUUUUGGGGGGGGAGUGAGAUGCAAUAGACUGAUUUCUCUCGUCAAUAUUCAGUACGCUAUUUAAAUGCAAUCAUGUCUUUUUUGCUAAAUGCAAUUAAAAUGUAAAAUGAACGAAUGUG